UGGCCCCUGCGCCCCACGUGGCGCCCUUUCCGGGCUGGGGGGGCUGGAGACACAACCUGAGACGACUCUCCCCCCCCCCGGCCCCCGGCUGACUUGCAGCGCCACUGGGAGGGGUCGGGGGUGGCUGAGCUGAGAGGGCUCCGGGAAGGAGUGACGUCAGGGUGAGUGGGAGCCAAGGAAGGAGCGAGUAGGAGAGAGGGAGCGAGAGCCAGGCAGGACCGCAGGGUCGGGACAAGUGAGGAGCGAGGGCAAGGAGAGGGCAGGAGAGAAAGAAGCAGGGAGGCAGGAAAGAAAGAAGCUGCCACGGAGGAAGACAGGCUGCGGGUUUUCGGGGCUGCAGGUCCAGGAGGGGUAGGAACAGCUGCCCAGGGGAGCUAGGAGGAAGCGGGGAGGGAGAGAGCGAACGAAAAGCGGGGGCGGGUGGGGGGAGAAGGAAAAGGGGAGACUGAGAAGGGAGAGAGAAGCAGAGGGAGAGAGAGGAGGCUGCUGAAAGGAAAAAGAAGAGGGAGAGGAGGCGACAGAGGGAGAGGAGGAAGAGGUAGAAGGAGAGAGAAGAGAGGAGAGAAAGGGAGCGGAGGGUUAGGAGGUGCAUGAAGGAGGGGAGAAGGAGCUUCAGAGUGGAGAGAGGAGAGAGGACCGCGGAAGGAGAGAGCCCAGAGUGGAAGGUGGAAGGGAAACAGCCCAGCGGGGAGCCAGGGGACAGCCAUGGAAGGCACAGGUGGGGACCUGGGAGGACAGAGGAACUGGGGUCUGGAGGACGCUCCAGGCCUCUUGGCCAGGGCCUCCCUGACAAUGCUCCCGUGGCCACUGCCUCUGGCCUCCUCGGCCCUCACCUUGCUCCUUGGGGCCCUCACUUCUCUGUUCCUCUGGUACUGCUACCGCCUGGGUUCCCAAGACAUGCAGGCCCUGGGGGCUGGGAGCCGGGCUGGGGGUGUUCGUGGUGGGCCUGUGGGAUGCUCGGAGGCUGGCGGGCCAAGCCCAAGGGGUCCUGGGGAGCCCGGGGAAGGACCUAGGACAGAAGGCCUAGUGAGCCGGCGGCUUCGGGCCUACGCCCGGCGCUACUCCUGGGCUGGGAUGGGUAGAGUGAGGCGGGCAGCUCAGGGUGGCCCAGGCCCCGGGGGAGGGCCAGGGGUCCUAGGCAUUCAGCGCCCAGGCCUGCUUUUCCUGCCAGACCUGCCUUCAGCCCCCUUUGUGCCGCGGGACGCCCAGCGGCACGACGUGGAGCUCCUGGAGAGCAGCUUUCCUGCCAUUUUGCGAGACUUCGGGGCUGUGAGCUGGGACUUCUCAGGGACUACCCCUCCGCCUCGGGGCUGGUCCCCACCUCUGGCCCCCGGGUGCUACCAGCUCUUGCUGUACCAAGCAGGCCGGUGCCAACCCAGCAACUGCCGCCGGUGCCCAGGGGCCUAUCGGGCACUGAGGGGACUUCGAAGCUUUAUGAGUGCCAACACCUUCGGCAACGCCGGCUUUUCCGUCCUCCUGCCUGGGGCCCGGCUAGAGGGCCGCUGCGGGCCCACCAAUGCCCGGGUCAGAUGCCAUCUGGGCCUGAAGAUCCCUCCUGGCUGUGAGCUGGUGGUUGGCGGUGAGCCCCAGUGCUGGGCUGAGGGGCACUGUCUACUGGUGGACGACUCUUUUCUGCACACAGUGGCUCACAAUGGCUCCCCCGAAGAUGGGCCUCGAGUGGUCUUCAUCGUGGACCUCUGGCACCCCAACGUGGCAGGGGCCGAGCGCCAGGCCCUCGACUUUGUCUUCGCACCAGACCCCUGAAGGAAGGUGCUCCCACACUCCUGGGCUGGAGAGACGCUGCGCUCAGGGACGGCUUCAUGGUAGCCAGUCCAUACUGCGGGGGGGUGGGGGGGGGGCGGAGGGUGGGCACUGGCUAGUGAGCACUGAAAUAUAAAUUCUGAAUCUUCUCCUAA